CUCGACAAGUACUCGCUAGACGCUUGCAAUAGCAACGCAUGUAAACAACAUGGCUGGCACAGAUGAUCAGCAAAAAGACAAUACAGAUUCACUGGUUGCAGAUAUCCACAAAAGGAUAACAGAAGCAUUUGAUCUCUUUGACCAUGAAUCAAACAAAACAGUAGAUGUCAGGGAAGUUGGAACUAUCAUCCGAUCACUCGGCUGUGUGCCCAGUGAGGCAGAACUCCACGACAUGCUUCAUGAGAUUGAAGAAGAAGAACAAAUAGGAUAUAUUCGUUUUGAAAAAUUCCUUACAAUGAUGACUAAAGUGCUGAUGGAAAGGAGGUACAAGCCAACCCCAGAGGACCAGAUUCUGAAGGCAUUCCAGGUGCUAGACUCCGAGAACAAAGGUCAUCUGACCCAGGAAGAGCUCACAAAGUACAUGACUGAGGAAGGCGAGCCUUUUAACCAGGAAGAGCUGGAAGAAAUGUUGUCUGCUGCCGUUGACCCUGACAAGGGAAACAUCCAGUACCGGGAUUACGUUGCUGCCAUGAGUCUCGAAGAAACGUGAUUGGACAGUAGCUUAAUUUUAUCACUCAUCAUUCACCUAUGUAUUUUUGACGGUUACUGAUAUUGUUUAAAUGAAUUUCCGAGAAAAUGACACUUGUAUUUUUGUUUGUUGUAUAAAAAAUGUCAUAUUAAAUUAGAAA